AUGGCACCGCAAUUCAUCACAAAGCGUCUCGCAUCCUGCGCAGGCACUCCAGUCCACACACUAAUCUGCGGCCACACCAUUCACGCCUCCUUCCUCCACCCAACAGCCUCAUCAAAAUGUGCGCCAAACUGCAAAGAUGUCAACAUGGCCACCAAAGCCGAACCGUCCUUCCUCUGCCCUACAUGCUAUGAAUCUCAGCUUCGCCACAAGUACAACGAGUUUGUAAAUCGCUGCAAGGAACAAGCUAAGAAAGUCGGCUUUAGCAUGGAAACCAUUGUAAAGGAAGUCAAGACAGAUUAUGAAAGCGGCCAACUGGCUGAGAAGAAUGAGUUUGAUCGUUGGUGGGAUGUGUUCUUGAAGUAUACGUGUUUUGAGAAGGUGGGGAGAGAGAGUUAUAAGUGGAAGUCGGAGAAGGAGGGGCUGAGGGAUUGUAAGGUUGUCGAUGGGGAGUAUGAGGAGGAGGUAGAGGUUGGAAGAUGA